AUGAUCGUCGCCGGGGCAAAUGGCUGGAGAAAAGGUCGAUCCAUUGGAGGGCCUCGAGGCGCGUGGGAGAAGGCUGUGGGAAGGCUGACUGGUCUCGUCCGGCGCGUGUCGCAUGGGCAACAAGUCCAAUCCUCAGGAGCCAAAGCCGUAGUAGGAGACCUGGAUGACGCCACCUUCAUCAAGACUCGAGCACUCGAGAACGAUGCUAUCUUCCAUACAGCAGCUGCGGACCAUAAGCCCAGCGCUGAAGCCGUCUGCCAGGGUGCAGCGGAUCGAGCCCGGCGGGACUCUGUGCCUGACGACGCGCCGCAUCGACAAAUCGACCUGACUAUUCUGAAAUAUCAGAAAGAGAUUGGCGACAAGGCCAAGAUCGCCGUCAUGAUCCCGCCCUUGCCUUACGGGUACAAUCCGCGACGCAGACGACUGACGAUCCAAAUCCCGACGCUCACCCGCUUUGCAAUGAAGCACGGUUUCGCGGGACACGUAGGCAAGGGAUUAUCGGUGGAAUCACGGAUCCACGUGCUUGACCUUGCGCAGGUGUUUGUGACCUUGCUGCAUCAGAUGGAAGAUGCGCUGCUGCAGGAGUUUAUUGACAAUCUCUAUUUUUUUCUGCGAAAAUGGACAUGA